AUGUUUAAUAUUUCAUCUCUCUGCGAUUAUUUCCUAUCACAUGGUGCAAAUAUCAAUGAAAAAUAUUAUGGAGAAACACUUCUUUUUUAUGCAGCAAAACAUAAUAGUAAAGAAACAGCUGAACUACUUAUCUCACUUGGCGCAAAUAUCAUCAAAUAA